AGUUGCGGAAGCUUGGUUUAACCCGUUCGUACGAUUUUUUCUAGCUAGGAAAAAGGGAGAAGGAGACUUUUCAAAUGCCACAGAUUGUCGUGUAUGUUUUGGGGGCGGAGAGCAGCGGGAAGACGGACCUGGUGAGGCAACUCGAGUACCUCAGCAAAGGCAAGCUUCUCUCCGUUCCCACGAAGUGCGCGCCAACAAUGGGGCAGGAAGUUUCCGCCCUCACCGUGUCCGCCAGCGGAGGAAAGCGGGCGACGAUGGAGCUGCGCGAGCUCGGCGGCUCGGUGGUGAACACCUGGGAGAGCUUCAUCGUCUCUCGCAAGAUUAAAAAGACCGCGGCGGUGAAAACGAAGUUUUUCCUUCUAUACGUCGUGGACGCCGCUGCCCCUCACCAGCUGCCACUGGCGUCCACCGUGUUUCGCUACUUGACGGAGGGUAGCGAGGCAACGUGUGCGGGCUGGCGUGCUCUUGUCGUGCUGCAGAAGUGCGCGAGCGCCGAUGCGAUGACGCAAGAAGAAGUGAAAGACUACUUCGCAGACGGGAAGAGGCGGGAGGCGCUGUGUGCUGUGGAGGCAGACUCGUGGAACGGCGUGGGCAUCGGGGAUGUUCUACAGUGGCUCGCAGAGGCUGCAUUUCAUCCGUAG